CGUUCUCUGGUAUCAACAUUAAAUUCCUCGUAGCUCCACACUUCAUUGAAGUCUGAAACGAAAAUAUGAACUUUUCUGAACUAGACCAUCUGUCGGAGGUGUUACUGACCGAAGUAGGCGCUGACCUUGAACCGAUAUUCGUUCGCCAGUCGGAAGUCGUUGAGAGAAACGAUGCGGUCGUGCGUCAAAACAUAGAUUGGGUUACAGCCCUGCAAAACCAUCUGGAGCGUGUUCGAUGUGACCAAUUUGCCGUGGACCAACAUGACCGAUUACUGGAGCAGCUACUAGGCGAACUGGAACAAUCAAUCAGUGCACUGGAACGUUAUCCCCAAUCGGUAACGCCCUUUUGCGUGGUCGGAACAAACGGUGAGAAAGAGUUUCACCGAAGCACCGAUAUUCGAUUUCCAUUGGCAGGUGUAUGCGGUGAACGAAGCAAAUACUACCAAACUUUGUUGGGAUUACCUUGCUGGAUAGACAGCCUAGAACGUGACCUGCACCCACAAGCAGACCAACUAAGAAAGGAAAUUGAUGACCACCGAAGCAACUGCGAAAAGGUCUGUCCAGUCCUGGAGCUGAUGACGUAUCACACUAGGAUUUUGUUGGCCGUUGAAAAGCACAUGAACGAAAUUGAUGAUCUACUGACUGCCAAUCGGGAACGAUUUCGCGACUUUGGUCUAGGUGGGGAAAAGUCGAUGUGUGCGUUUUUCGCAGCACUUUAUGGGAAAAAGUGAGUGCAUUGUGGAUGAAAACCUAACGAAUUGAAUAAAAUUGA